AUGGAUCCGCUACAGAUACCCAACCUCUUCGACGUAACAGGCUGCAUCGCCGUAGUAACCGGCGGAGGCUCAGGAUUAGGGCUCAUGAUGGCCAAAGCCCUUGAAGCAAAUGGCGCCACGGUCUAUAUCCUAGGCCGAAGAAAACAAGCCCUAGAAGCCGCAGCAAAGCAAGCCAAAUUCCAACGCCUCCACCCAGUACAAUGCGACAUAACCAGCCACGACGACCUCACCAAAGCCGUCAACCACAUUACCACGCAAUCCGGGCACAUCAACCUCCUCAUAAACAACGCAGGCAUCGCAACCCCCAACCUCGGUCCCCAUGCCACCCGCCCCACCCCCAAAUGGGAUAUCGCCAAGGUGCGGGACUACUGGUUCCAGAAAUCCUUCGGGGAUUAUGCCGCCGUGCUUGAGACAAAUACGACGGCGAUGCUGAUGGUGACGUUUGCGUUUCUGGAGCUGUUGCAUAAUGGGAAUAAGGUGCGUGGGGAACAGGGGGCGCAGAAUGGGGCUCCUGCUGCUAAUGGAGCUGCUGCGAAACGGAGGUUUUUCGUGCGCAGUCAGGUUAUUGCACUGAGUAGUGUUGGCGGGUUUGGAAGGGAAAAUUCGGCGUUUAUUUACGGGGCUAGUAAGGCAGGCACGGCGCAGAUGAUGAAGAAUUUGUCGACUUAUUUGGUUCCGUGGAAGAUUAGGGUUAAUGUUAUUGUGCCGGGGUAUUUCCACACCGAAAUGACAGAGAGUCUUCACAACAAGACCGCCGGAAGACUCCCCGCAUCCAUGACCCCGGAAGAGCGAUUCGGGGAUGCCCAAGAGAUCGGAGGCACUGUGGUAUAUCUAGCGUCCAAAGCCGGGGCGUAUUGCAAUGGAUCGGUUCUGUUGGCGGAUGGGGGGUAUCUAGCGAGUCAUUCAAGUUCUUAUUAG